CACUGCUGAAGAAGCCUUUAUUCAAUAUUUGUUCAAUCAAAAUUUAAAAAGUAUCAAUGUCCGUUAGAAGCGAUGACACUUUUACUAUGAAAGGCAUCGGAAGUGUUAUCGUCAUGAUUAGCGGAACUGGCGUAACACACCGGCAACAUCGUCGUCUCUAUGGUUGUUUGGCCGUGUCGCACGUUGCUAGUUAGUUGCAAUGUUGUAGCUAUUAGCACGGUAGCCGUUCCUUCGCUGGAAGGUAGAGCUGUACGACAGACCUACAGUUUAUUCUUUCUGAUUCACAGUGUGAGCAGCAGCAGCUAACUGCUAUCCAACGGAACAUAACCUACAAAGCUAGCUUGUUAUCUUGUUUUCCUUCUACUCCGCUAGUUUUCCUAGCUUGCUAGCUAGCCGCUAGCAUCCAACCGUCUCCUCUAUCAGUGCAAACCGUCUCCCGGCCGGCCGGAGGACCAUGGCGAUGAGACAGACUCCCCUCACCUGCUCCGGUCACACCCGGCCUGUGGUGGACCUGGCCUUCAGUGGAAUUACUCCUUAUGGAUACUUCCUCAUCAGCGCCUGCAAGGAUGGCAAGCCCAUGUUGCGCCAGGGAGACACAGGGGACUGGAUAGGAACGUUUCUGGGUCACAAGGGCGCUGUCUGGGGAGCCACUCUAAACACAGACGCCACCAAAGCAGCGACUGCUGCUGCCGACUUCACAGCAAAGGUGUGGGAUGCAGUGAGUGGAGAUGAGGUCCUGUCUCUGGCACACAAACACAUUGUGAAAACUGUCAGCUUUACUCAGGACAGCAACUGCCUGCUAACUGGAGGUAACGACAAACUGCUGCGUAUCUAUGACCUGAGCAGCCCUGAAGCAGCUCCACAGGAAAUUUCGGGCCACACGUCGGCCAUAAAAAAGGCUCUAUGGUGCAACAACGAUCAGCAGAUCCUCUCUGCUGCUGACGACAAAACCAUCCGGCUGUGGGACAGGAGCUCCAUGGAGGAGGUGAAAACACUGACCUUUGACACGUCCGUGAGCAGCAUGGAGUACGUAGCUGAUGGACAGAUUCUUGUGAUCACGUAUGGAAAGACCAUCGCUUUCUACAACGCUCUGAGCUUGGAAUUGAUCAAGACUGUGGAGGCCCCAGCUCCUAUCAACUCAGCCUCCUUGCAUCCAGAAAAGGACUUCUUUGUUGCCGGUGGUGAUGACUUCAAGCUCUACAAGUUUGACUACAGCACUAAGGAAGAGCUGGAAUCCUACAAGGGGCACUUUGGUCCGGUGCAUUGUGUUCGCUUCAGUCCUGAUGGGGAGCUGUACGCGAGCGGCUCGGAGGACGGCACUCUCCGACUGUGGCAGACAGCGGUGGGAAAAACCUACGGCCUGUGGAAGUGUGUCCUUCCUGAGGACCUGGGGAGUGAGAACCCUGAGCAGCUGUACACCUCCACCCCUGAGAUCAAAGCCUGAGGAGAGGGCGUCGCCUUCUGGAGCCUCAACGAGAUCCACGAAAGGAGCCAAGUCCAGAGCAUUUUCAUCCAUCAGAACUGAUGUGGACACUAAGACUGGCCUGUCUGUCACAGCAUCAGUCCACUCACCUGCACACCGACAGUCCAUGGACAGCAUGGGCUGCAGAGUGAAGCAGUAGAGCUGUGAGUGUGAGCUCGUUGCUGCCUGCUUUCUCUCUGAUCAGCCCACUUCUGUCUGUCUUCUAACUUCUAUUAAUGUAGAGCCGCCAACCCCAAACUGCACGACGUCGUCAUCAUCAUCGGUUUUGGUUUCAGUGUUGAGGUGUUUGAUGAGCUGGACCAAGGCUUGUUUUCUGUUCAUGGUUACAGGAAUAAAUGAGUUAGUGCUCAAGUUCUGAGGCUUUCAUUUCUUAAAGAAGCAUUGCUUUGAGUAUUUUACAGUGUUCUGCUUGAGUAUCUAAAGUUGUUCUAAAGUGUCCAAAUCAAAGCUAAUAUUGUUUUGUGACAAAGGAGAGGAGAUUAUUUCUUGUUUGGUUUCUGUCUUCAUUUGUGCACAGUGAUGAAAUAAACGGAGCAUUACACUUUUAUUUGAAAGUAAUGCACAAAGAAAAA